AACAUCGAAAGCCGCUUCAGUCUGUUGCUGUUGGAGCCCUACGAGAUCUACUUCGAGGACUUUUUCGCCGAUAUGCUCGUCGAUCCGCCAUCAUCCUCCGACGCCUUGGAUGGAAAACUCAAAAUUUGCUCGAAAAGUGUCGUGUUCGAGCCGAAGCAAAUCGAUAAGCCUCUCACGAAAAUCAACUACAAAGACUGCCUGGAAAUUUCCGGUGUGAAAGGUCAAAAUUGUGAAAACAAAACGUUGCGGAUCGUGACGCAACACUACGUCGAGAUGCUGGAUGGCAACAUAAUCUCGCCAUUCAAGUUCCGCAGCAAGGCAAGAACGAGUUUUACGUUUGUGCUGAAAUACGUGUCGACGGAUGAGUGUUUGCCGAAAAUUCAGCAGUUGCAGCGAGCGUCAACUUUGCCGAUUUACGAGCAAAAUUCGAUGAUUGCGACAAUUGCGUUUAGUUGGCAUAACCGAAUCGCCUUUGAUCCGUUGUGGUUCGAGAGUAUUUACGAAAAAGUCAUCAUCGAGAGUACCGUGAACCAUAUUAAGCCGUUAGUGACGAAUCCCGGAAGACUUUUACUCACCAACAGUCUUUUGUACUUUCAAUCCUUCAAUAAUAUCCAAACAAAUCCCGUACUAAAAAUUAAUCUCUCGAGUAUUUCGGCUCUGACCAAACGUCGUUUCAUGUUGAAACAAAUCGGACUGGAAAUCGAGUACACGGAAGAAUCUCAUCAAAAAGUUUUGUAUGUCGCAUUCAUCUCGAACGACAUCCGCGACAAGUUUUUCGACGCCAUUUCCCAACAAGAAACCUUCCAAGUCGAAGAUUUGAACUGUGAUAGCAUGAUAAUCAAAUGGCAACAUGGCGAUGUCUCGAAUUACGACUAUUUGCUGUAUCUCAACAGCUUAGCGGAUCGCUCCUUCAACGAUUUAACGCAAUAUCCGGUGUUUCCGUGGGUCAUCAAGGACUAUACCUCGGAUGAAAUUGACUUGAAUGACGUCAAGGUCUACAGAAAUCUUCAAAAACCCAUAGGAGCGUUGAACGAAGACCGAUUGGGCAAGCUGAAAGAACGAUGUACGGAAAUGGAUGAGCCCAAAUAUUUGUAUGGAUCGAUGUUUUCAAUGCCGGGCAGUUGUAUUUUUUAUUUGGCACGACGAUAUCCGGAAUUAAUGUUGUGUCUUCAGAAUGGAAAAUUUGAUCAUCCCGAUAGAAUUUUUAACUCAGUCCAGGAUACUUUUAACAAUUGCAUGACGAAUAUGAGCGAUUUUAAGGAAUUAACGCCCGAAUUUUAUGAUGUUACAAAGUGUGACUUUCUGAUAAACAAGAAAAAAAUUAAUUUUGGGCAACGAUGGGAUGGAAGUAUCGUGAAUGAUGUUCAACUCCCUCCAUGGGCAAAACGAUCCGCAGAAAAAUUCGUCAAAACCCUUCGUGAAGCUCUCGAAAGCGAUUAUGUCUCUGCCAACAUCAACAAUUGGAUCGACCUGAUCUUCGGUUACAAGCAACGCGGCGAAGAAGCACUCAAAGCGGACAAUCUCUUUUAUCAUUUGUGUUACGAAGGUUCCGUAAAUCUGUCUGACGUCUCGGAUAUGGCUGCUAAACACGCUUUGGAAGUGCAAAUUCUUGAAUUUGGUCAGAUACCAAAGCAACUUUUCACCACGCCGCAUCCCCAAAAGCUAAUUCAUCUCUCGAAAAUGUCGUUAUCGGACUCAAUUUCAGCAAUAAAGCCGCUAAAUACGGAACUUGUGAAGGUUUUUGAUGGAUUUCGUGAUGCCGUCCUUGGUUUAAGUUGCUCCGACGAGGUGUUGAUAGCGACGGGAAAGGAUGGAAGUCUUAAAUGUUACAAUGUGAAGUCGCAUAAGCAGAUUAGGAAUGUUCAAGUGUCGGAUUUUCCGUUGAGUGCAUGUGUUAAAUUUGUUAAUAGCUCGCAAAUUGUUUGUUCGUCGUGGGAUAAUUCGAUAUUAACAUACAGUUUGGACUACGGAAGAGUUUGUGGCGAAUUCGAAGCUCACGAUGACUCCAUAACUUGUCUCAAAGGAAUUAACGUCCAAAAUCAAAAUUUUAUUGUAUCCGGAAGUAGCGACUGUUAUGUCAAAAUUUGGAAAUGGUCUGAAGAAGAAGUCGUCAAUAAACGAAAUCGAUUAUUCGAUUGCUUGGCAGUUGAUGACAAAAUAAAUUGCAUCGACGUAAAAACAAACAAGAAAAAUCACCUAGUCAUCAUAAUCGGUUGCAAAAAUGGUGACAUCAUCGAGUGGGACUAUGACAUGAAUGAAAGCAGCAAAAAUGUCAAACGAGUUAUGAAUGGCGAAUCGGAAUGCGUUCAACUCAAAUAUCACAAAAAUGGAUUAAAUGUCGCUGCGUGUUUUGUGUCGAAGAUGAUUCUAAUAGAUUGUUCGACCACAAUGUCGUUGUUCUGUUUUUCACGUAAUAUAGAUCUUACUUGCUUGGAAUGGUUGUCGGAUAAUAUUUUGAUUGGAGACUCUGCGGGCAGAGUGUCAAUUGUCAAUUUAACGAACGGAAAUAUCGUUCAUGAAUUUCAAGCGCAUGACACCGUAAAUUGCAUUUUAGCAAUUGAAACGAAAGACAGUCAUUCAAUUGUUACAUCUGGCGUGCAAAAAAGCAACUUUUGCAUCAAAAUUUGGCAAACAGAUCUUUAACGAAUGUACUCAUUAAUGUGUUUACUCGAAAAAAAAAUUCAACCUCAUCCAUUUCUUUUUUUUUGUAUUUGUGAAAAAAAAAACGAAUUGUUAUAAUAAAUUUAUAAAUUUUAUACUGA